AUGGGAAACCAAUUUACAAAUAAAAAAAUAGUACCAAAAUAUUUAGAAAAUGAAAUUUUAAAAAAAAUUCUAGAUUAUUUGUUAAUAAAGAAUAAAAAGAAACAGUCUUUUUAUGAUAUUAAAAGACAUUAUUCAAAAAAAAGAUUUUUUAGAUAUAAUAAAGAGAUAAUUGAUUAUUCAUUAGUAUCAAAAAAAUGGUUUCAAUUUAUAUCAAAUAUAAUUGAAAAUAAUAUAAUUGAAAACGAUAUAUUAAAUAAAUGGAUUUUUUGUAGGAAUAAACAAUUUAAUAUAAAUAAAAUUUCACAUGAACUAAAAGAUACAUUAAGAAAUUUUACUCUAUCAAUUAAUAAUGUAAAUUCAAUUAUUAAUAUUGAAAACCAAUUAAUUACAAAUUAUUUUAAUGAAAGAGUUUUAAUUAUUCAUGCAAAUGAUCAUGGAGAUAAUUAUAAUAAAUCAAUUGAAAUGAUUAAAGAAAUUAAUGAAAAUAGUUCAAUUUUUAAUUAUGAAAAGAUUAUAAUUGAUAAUAUUAAAGGUUAUGAAUCAACAUCAAGUGAAUCAGAUUUAAUAUUAAAUACAAUUUCAAAAUUAAUUAAUAAUAUUAAUAAUAAUAAUCAAAAUUAUCAAGAUAAAUUAAUAAUUGAUAUUGAAUGGUUGACAAGUAGAAAGUGGGAUGAAAUUCAUAGAGAUCAAUUUGGACUUUCAAAUGAAAUGUUUAAAAUUAAUAAAUUAACAAUUAGAGAAUAUAAUGGGAAUUAUAGUUCGAGAUUUCCAGUGAUUCAAUCAUUAAAACCAAAAAAAAUUGAAAUUAAAGAAUAUUAUGAUGAUUAUGAUGAGAGACCAAGUUAUAAUUAUUCACCAUUAUUUUCAACUGAUAAUGAUAGAUUGGAAUCAAUUAUAAUUAAAGAAGGUUGGGUAAAUGUUGGAAAUUUAAAAAAUAUUAAUUAUCAUUUGCCAAAUUUACAUACAUUAUCAAUAUCAUUAUUAAUUCAUGAUAUAAUAAAAUCAAUUCUAAUAAAUGAUGAAAAUUUUAAAAAAGAUGAAGAAACUUUAAGAGAUUGUAAUUAUUAUUUCAUUGGUAAUAGAGAAAUUGAAAGUGAACAAAAUGAUUCAUCUCAUUGGGAAUCAAUGAUUAAUUCAUUAUCAAAUUGUAAAAAUUUAAAAAAAUUAUCAAUUGAUAGUUUUUGUAUGAAAAUGAAUGAUGAAUGUUUCAAAAUUUCACCAAAUCAUCAAUUAAUUUAUUCAAUUUCCGAAAAUGUAAUAUUAAAUGGGCUAAAAAGAAUUUUAGAAUCUGAUGAUAACCAAAUUCAAUAUUUUGAUAUUGGUUUUGAUUUAAAUUUAAAUGGUUAUCCAGAUUAUUCAAUAAACUUUUUUAAAUCAUUAGAAUCAAAUUUUAAAUUAAAAACAUUAUCAUUUAAAAAAUAUCAAUUACCAAAUUCAAUUUUAAAUUAUUUAUUUUCAAAUUUAUUUAAAAUUAAUAAUUCAAUUAAUCAUUUAAUUAUUGAAUUAUUACCACCAAAAUUUGAUGAUCAUCAGUUGAAUUAUAAUUUAAUAUUUAAAUUUUUAUUUUUAAAUUUUAAUUCUUAUAAUUCAUUAUAUUCAAUAACUUUAAAAAUAUAUGAUAUUUCUAUUUUUAAUAAUAUUUUAAUUUAUUUUAAAGAAUUUCAAAAAGAAUUUAAAAAGAAUUAUAAAAAUUAUAAACAAUCAUCAUUAAAAGAAUUUAAUAUAUAUUUAUUUUUUAAAGAACCUCAAGAUAUUGAAAAUUAUUUUAAAAAAUUAAAAAAAAUUAAAAAAAUAUUUAUAAUAAAUUUAAUUAAAAGUUAA